AUGUGAAGUAACUUAAUGUUGUCUGCCACAACCAGAUAGCUAGCAGACUAACGGUGCAUUUUGGUUGAUACCUAAUUUUAAGGAGUUGGACAACGCUUUCCUAGCUAAUAUUAAUGAUUGAAAGAGAAAACAUCUCACCUAUUGCAUGACUAUAGAAAGUGAUGUUGAUUGUCAACAAACUCAGUAUAACAGUUACCUAGUUAGCGUAGCUACUAGCUAGAAAAAGUUAGUUAGACACUUGUAGGUUUAAUUUAGCUACUAGAGCUAGUUGCAAUGGAGUUGAGAAGUGGGUGUUUAAUUUAUUAUUAGCCAGUCAAAAACGCAUCAAACGUGAUGAAGGACCGGUUGGGUGAAUUAACCGAAAGCAGGACACAAGCAGAGGAGGAUGUCAGAGUCACAGUUGACAAUGAUGGAUUUAUGGAAGGGUUUUUCAGAAGGGUGGAAGAGGUUAGGGGGCUCAUUGAUAAGAUAUCUUCUGAAGUGGAGGAGGUGAGGAAGAACCACAGCAUGAUCCUGUCUGCACCCAAUACAGAUGAGAAGAUGAAAGAAGAACUUGACCGGUUGACCAAUGAGAUCAAAAGCGAUGCCAACUCUGUGCGAGUUAAGCUUAAAUCUAUGGAGCAGAGCCUGCCCAAGGAUGAUGUUUCUAACAGGGCCUCGGUUGAUUUCCGCAUUCAGAAAACCCAGCACACGGUGCUCUCCAGGAAGUUUGUGGAAGUCAUGAGUCAGUACAACAAGACUCAAGUGUCGUUUAGGGAGAGAAGCAAAGGGAGGAUCCAGAGACAGCUGGAGAUAACUGGGAGAGUGACUAGCAAUGAGGAACUGGAGGACAUGCUGGAGAGUGGCAACCCAUCCAUUUUCACAUCUGAUAUCAUCUCUGACUCUCAGGUCACGCGGCAGGCCUUGAAUGAGAUUGUGUCACGGCACCAGGAUAUCAUCCGCCUGGAGUCCAGCAUCAAGGAGCUCCAUGCCAUGUUUAUGGACAUGGCCAUGCUGGUGGAGAAUCAGGGGGAUAUGGUCAACAACAUAGAGAACAACGUCUCCAAUGCAGCUGAAUACAUAGGCCGUGCCAAAGUGGAGACCAAAAAAGCUGUGAGAUACCAGAAAAAAUCCCGGAGGAAACUCAUCCUCCUUGCCUUUGCUCUAUUGAUCCUGCUUGCUGUCAUUGCACUAAUUGUUGGCCUGUCUGUUGGACUAACCAAAUCCCCUGUAUGAGCCCUGUCCUGCUAUCUGUCUGGGAAAUUGUUCUGGCUUGCCAUUUGUGUGGCACUGGCUCUCCUCAUAGUCAUCAUUAUAGCAACAAUAUUUGACUGACCAUUGAGAGGCCCCACUGUUCAGAACAGCAGACGAGUCUACAGCAGUUUCUCACACCUUUGGGGCCAAGUUCCAGUCAUCAUACCCUGCCAUACCAAUGUUCAACUCCUCCUCCAACACCAAGACGGGCAUUUCACUUCUCAGAGGACAAUAGAUCCAGCUGUAUCCACCAUGUUAUUACAAUAUUACACCUCUUGACUCCAUAUAAUGGCUGAGUCAGUGGCCUUGGCUUACACAACUUCACAGAAGUCCCAGGGCUCCUAGGAAAACACUCCCUCUUGCUGCAAUAAUACAGGGUAGCCUUUUUUACUGUCUGUGCAAGUAACUACAAUGAAGUCUCUACAGGACUGCCAUAGGCUACAUGUCAACAAUGACUACCAUUGCAAACUACAUAGACACACAGACUCACCUCUACUGCUGCCAUAAAGGCUAAUAACAUGUUAAGUAGAGAGAUGUCACUUUCAAACUUUACUGAGCAGAAUGAUUUUUAGCUACACCAUAAUUUAGACGCUUUAAAGCAAUUCAUUUCUAACUGUUAAAAUAUAACUUCAGUUUAUGUGAUUUUGUUCAAUUUAGUGUAACGACCAGAACAAGAUGAUUUCAUACAGCUUAGGUGUAAUGUUUUUUUUUUCUCCUUGUGAUGAUCAUGACUAAAUGUGCCUUAAGAGAACCGAACACUAUAAUACUUAUUAAGUGUACUAAUUAACACACUCCCAAUGAAAACUUUGAUUGGAAACCAUUUCACUGUUGGGAUGCAAUGUUUGUGUCUUGUUUUGACUACACCUGGUCUGCACUUAGAUCUUUUAUUUAUUUAUAUGAUUUAUUUAAGUGUCAUACACCUACUGGUGCCCAGCCCACAUGGCCUUACAAGACACAACAGAACCAAAUCAAAUUUGACAAAUUAUACAUAUCAUUCGCAUACAAUAAUCCUGGCCAGUAUAGCUACCAUCUAGCCACUACACAAAAAGUUGAUAUCUCCUUUCCUGGCAUCGUGAACAAACUGAGCAAUCUCAAACACCAUGUCUGAAAGAGAAUUCAAGCCUCUGCUCAUCGCGUAACCAGAAAACUUCAGUUGUCACCAAAAUGUUACAAAAAAAGAACACGUCUCAGAUUGUCAUGCAGGUCAAGUAAAACACUAAAUCGAUUUUGUCUUUGAUUUCCCUGAGAUCACACAGUAUGAAAUCAUCUGAGCAAAUUCUCUCCACUUCAGGCACUCUGUUAAAUCUACCUGACUCUAUAGCCAGAGGGAGGGUUUUGAGUUGUGCACAAACUGACCUUUGGCUUUUUGUUAGGUUUAGGCAGACAAAUGAUUCAGGGGUGUAGUUCUCUUUGAUGAGAGUGUAUGUUUAAACCAAUCAUCAACUGCCCAUUUUUCCUUGUGGAUCAGCAAAAGCUUGUCCUUGAUUUGGUUAACACCACAUGGUAAUUUGUUCCUGAUUUGUUCCUUUGUAUGAACAGAUCGUUUGUAAUACACACUCCUGAGAUCUUUUUCUCCUGAGUGUGGCGCUUUUGAUACAUAGGUCAUUUUGUUGUAGUAUCAUUGAGUCAGAUCAACAUUGAGUCAGAUCUUUCUGCAGUUGAUACAGCUGGAAUAUUGUGUAGAUAAACAAUAAAUAUGUAAGUGAAUUAUCA